CAGAGGCGUACAGAGUGAGGCGGCAUUCCUGUCCUGAGUCUUCACAGACUGCUCCGAACUCCAGAGACCAAAGUCGAACUCUCAGACAGACACGACCAGCCUGACAGGGGAAGCCAGAUCUGCCAUUUGUGUAUAAAAGAGCAGCUUCAGUCUACCCGUCUUUCCGAACCGCAGCGAUGGAGACCCCAGCCCAGAAACGCAGCAGCCGCGGCGGGGGAUCGAGCCCCUUGUCCUCCCCCAACCGCAUCACACGGCUCCAGGAGAAGGAGGACCUGUGCAACCUCAACGACCGGCUGGCCACCUACAUCGACAAGGUGCGCUCGCUCGAGUCGGAGAACGCCGGCCUGCGCAUGCGCAUCACCGAGUCGGAGACGGAGGUCAGCCGCGAGCUGGGCGGCAUGAAGGCCGCCUACGAGAACGAGCUGGCCGACGCCCGCAAGACGCUGGACUCCGUGGCCAAGGAGCGAGCGCGGCUGCAGCUGGAGCUCAGCAAAGUGAGGGAGGAGUACAAGGAGCUCAAAGCCAGGAAUGGAAAGAAGGAAUUGGACCUGGAGGGUGCUCUGGCUCGCCUCAAGGACCUGGAGGCUCUUCUCAACUCCAAGGAUGCCUCGUUGUCCACCGCCCUGAGCGAGAAGCGGACCCUGGAGGUGGAGGUCCGCGAUCUGAAGGCCCAGCUAGCUAAGCUGGAUGGCAGCCUUAACGACGCCAAGAAGCAGCUGCAGGAUGAGAUGCUUCGCCGAGUGGAUGCUGAGAACCGCCUCCAGACCCUGAAGGAGGAGCUGGACUUCCAGAAGAACAUCUACUCUGAGGAGCUGCGCGAGUCCAAGCGUCGCUACGAGUCGCGGAUGGUGGAGAUUGACAGUGGCAAACAGCAGGAGUAUGAGAGCAAGCUGGCUGAUGCCCUGACCGAGCUGCGCAGGCAGCACGAGGAACAGGUCCGCAUCUACAAGGAGGAGAUCGAGAAGACCUUCAACUCCAAGCUGGAGAACGCUCGCCAGUCUGCGGACAGGAACAGCCACCUGGUGGGCGCCGCCCAUGAAGAGCUGCAGCAGACGCGCGUGCGGGUGGAGGGAAUGUCCUCUCAGCUCAGCCAGCUGCAGAAGACGUUGGCAGCUCGCGAGGCCAAGAUUCGGGAGUUGGAGGAGGGUCUGUCCCGUGAGCGAGACAUGAUGCGCAGGCGCUUGGGCGAUAAGGACCGUGAGAUGGCGGAGAUGAGGCAGCGCAUGCAGGAGCAGCUGGACGAGUACCAGGAGCUGCUGGACAUCAAGCUGGCCCUGGACAUGGAGAUCGCAGCCUACAGGAAGCUGCUGGAGGGAGAGGAGGAGAGGCUUCGCCUGUCGCCCAGCCCACCGCCCACCCGUGUGACUGUCACCCGCUCCUCUGGCUCGGGCGCACACACCCGCACUGUCGUCCAGAGCAGCAGCAGCCGCAACUCCUCGGGCAGCGCCAAGAAGCGCCGUCUGAACGACACCGACAGCGAGGCGUCCAGCGUGAUGGGCGGGACGGUCACCCGCACGCGCAUCGCCCAGCAGGCCUCCGCCAGCGGGCGCGUCACCGUGGACGAGGUGGACCUGGACGGCAAGUACGUCCGCCUGAGCAACAAGGCUGACCAGGACCAGCUUCUUGGACACUGGCAGGUGAAGAGACAGGUUGGCUCCAGCACUCCCAUCGUGUACAAGUUUCCCCCCAAAUUCACUCUCAAAGCCGGACAGUCUGUGACUAUCUGGGCGGCUAACGGAGGCGGCUCCCACAACCCCCCCACUGACCUGGUGUGGAAGACCCAGAACUCCUGGGGCAGCGGCGACCUGUUCCAGACCACGCUUAUUAGUGCUAAUGGAGAGGAAAUGGCCAUGAGAAAGGUCACACGAACUCUAUUCCAGGAUGAGGAAGAGGAGGAGACGGCAGCGCACAGCACCUGCGUGGACAGCGAGUACAACCUGCGCAGCCGCACAGUCGUGUGUGGCUCUUGCGGCCAGCCGUCGGACAGAACCAGUGGCAGCUGCGUUUCAGGCGCUUCCUCUCACUCCUACAGCAGUGGUGGGGGUCUGCCUGAGGGACUGAUCUCCCAGUCUUUUGUGCUAGGCAACAACCAGCCACGACAUGGAGGUCCCCGGCCAGAAAACUGCUCCAUCAUGUAGACUAGACAUAGACGAAAAGAAAGCCCACUGGCCCUCAAUGAGUCAUCCAUCCACAGCUGUUAAGAGACAGCCGCUCCCUUAUAAGGGCUAUUUUUCUAUUUUUUCUUUCUCCUUUUUUCAUUUUUAUAUACUUUUUAAGAAUCGGUCUUAUUUUGUACAAUGUAACCUAUAGGGGUGGGGUAGUGGGUUAGAUUUGCAUGUGGCAAAGGGCUUUGUAAUGGGUAAUAGGAAUAACACUAAAAAGUUCAUCGAGUUCAUAUAUUUUUUGUAGAUUAUUCAAGUUUUGCAUGGUAGCUGGGCUUGCUUGUGUAAAGGCUCUAUGUAGAAGAGGAUGUUGUUUGGGCACUACAGAGUCACGGCAGGGUUUUCCUCCUGGGGUUGAAUGAUACGGCUGUCAGAGUUUUACACGCACAGCUCCGAAACUGGCCCCCUGCCUCAGUAGACCUGUCUAUUUUCUGACCGGUCUUUACAGACCUGGCAUGCAACAUGUACAAUACCAUAAGAUUUAGUUGUUUGGCCUCCACGAUGAAGUUUUUGUUACAUUUAUUUAAGUUGAUUCUGGAGCCAAAGAUUCAUGUGAUGCAUGUCCUGUUUCCUAUCAAAUUUGGAAAUGAAUACCUUUUUGAGUUUGGAAUAUCACAAGGAAUUGUUGGUGAUUAUACCAAACUUCUUUAACUAUCUCGGGAGAUGUUUACAUAUUCAAGACAUCAGGAACCAAACAUAAGCCUUUGACUUUUGAGGGCCCUAAGCCCCUUGGCCUUGAUGUCAUGUUUUUCAUUUUUACUGAUCUGCCAAAGACAUGUGGUACUCUGUCAAAGCCAUGUAAUAUUGUUGGCUGAAGAAAUGAAUCUAAGAAAGACACAGAAAAGAAGGAAGUUUUGUUUUCAAAGAGUUUUGGACUCAAGUUGUUUGUCAAUGUCAAGUUAUCAUUUCCAUACAUUUGGAAAGUGAAAACAUUUAAUAUUUUGUUUGAUCAAAAGAUUGAGUAAUGUUUACUAAAGUGUAUGUAUAAAGGGAAAUGGUGAGACAUUAUAUGGCAGCAAUGGAAAUUGUAUGUUCUUUUUUUUUUUUUUUUUUUUAUCAAACAGACUUUAUAGAAAUCUGUUACACAACUACAGGUAGUUGUUUUGAGAUUAUUUUUGGAUUGCUUAGAUAGGUGAAAAAAACAUAUCCACACCAAGAUAUGGUCUAUUUGGAGUAUAGAUGUCUUUGAACAAUUUAAAGAAUAUAUAUUUUUGUUUCCUAUUCAGAGUUAUUUUUUAACACAUUGAGAUGUAAUGAUCUAUACUGAACAGGCUGAUCUGACUAGUGGGCUAGUGACAAUAGACAUCAGUAUAGACUCCUCUGGGUAACAAGCUUUUUGCACAUCUUGAUGACCUGAGUAAAGCCAAAGAAGUCUCAAGAAUUGUUAUGUUCCAUUGUUUUCAUUUUUUUUGCAACCAAUGCAGUUAAAACCCACUGUGUUUGGGCAUACAGUAGGCCCACAGUGUUUUGUGCCUUUCCUGUCUAAUGUCACCUGUGACUGGUGCUCCUUGCACUCCUCUCUCCUGCUCUUUGGUUAAAGGAACAUUUUUUUUUAUUAUUGUUUUUUAUGUUCUGCAUUUAGUUAAGCUUAGUGGAAACUUUGGUUUGGGUUGGGGAGGGAUGGGGUCACAUAUCUGUUUUGAUUGGGCAUGUAUUCUUUUGUUUUUUUAUAAUGACAGCUAUGUUGUUCUAUUUCAGUGAUUGGCGUUUUUAUGUUUGUACUGUACCUUAGACUUUAUUAGUGCUUAGUUUUUCAUCUAGAAUAUGUAGGACUUUUUGUGUGUUUUUUAUUUUUUAUUAUUAUUAUUAUUUUAGAUUUGGUAAGUGAUAAUGGUGACUAAUUCAACAGAUGAUUGUGGCCUGGAGAAUAUUGAAUAGAUCCACAGUGCAAUGGCUUUGCGAUUGUGUAAAAUUGAGUAUAUUUCAUAUUUAUGCCCAAAUUAAUGCAUCGAGGCUUCUAGUGUCAUCUUAUAAUUUAAGUUCUACAAAUUAAAUCACAAAUUGUUUCAAUGAUAGACCAGCACAGUAUCUUUUAGCAAUGUAUCAGAAUAACUGUCAGACAUAUUUGUUAGAAGAUAACUGAUCUACAUUCCCCUACUUUGUAAGAUUAGAGCUUUUGUGUUGAUGUCAUUUCAUGUUUAAGAAACAAGCCAUGCCAAACUUUCUUUUUUUUUUUGUAAAUCACUGUUCUAUUCAAUAGGCAUCUAUGGGAAAAUAAAUAAUGCAUAAUAAAUAAAUUCAAAUUUCACAA